AUAGGUGGGUCCUGCAGCCUCUCCUCUCCUCACACUCCAACCCUGCUCAUCUCUCAGCUGGACAGUAAGGGCCGUUCACACCACACACUGACAACAUGCUGGGGACACUCUGCACUCUCAUCACUGCUCUAACAUAUGUCAGUUGCCAGAAAGCAGUGACACAGACACCUUCAGUACUGACUGUCAGUACAAAGGGGACUGCCACUUUUCACUGUGACAUCACCAAAUAUGAAAGCCAAUAUGUAUUAUGGUAUAAACAGGUUCCAGGAGGAGCUCCUCAGUAUGUGUUAAGGUUUUACCGUACUCAUGGCUCUCCUGAUGAAUAUGGAUCUGGUUUCUCCUCUGAUCGUUUCACAUCUAAAGCCACGUCUGAUAAGGAUUAUCAGUUUAUAAUCAGUAAUGUGGAGGAGACAGACUCAGCAGUGUAUUACUGUCAUACAUGGGACAAGUCUGUUAAAGUGCACGUAUUCGGACCAGGAACCAAGCUCAUUGUCACUGAUGGAGAUCUGGCUACACCUGCUGUGACUCUGUUCCCUCCAUCCACUGAAGACCUCAAGUCCAGCAGAGCAACACUGGUGUGUCUGACUAGUGACCUGUCUCAGAGAUCCAAGGGGUUGGCAGAUGUCAGCUGGAUGUCUAGCGGUGAGUCAGUAACAGAAGAUGUUUCUACCAGCCCUGCUGAGCAGCAACCAGACAACACCUUCAGGAUCAGCAGCUAUCUGACCAUUCAGACUGCAGACUGGGACAAGGACGUGGUGUUCACAUGUAAAGUGUCGUUGGGGUCAACAUUCUCUGAGAAAGAGAUCAGAAAGACUAGUUGCAGUCUGUAAAUCAAUAGUUUCAGACAAUCAAUACAACUGAUAGUUUGUUAAUGCUUCAGAAUGAGUGCAGCUGUUAUUUCAUUAGAACUGUUAAGUGAUGUGUUGAUCUUUGCUGUUAAAUAUAGAAGUUAAAAUCCUAACAACAUGGAUGGUAUUGGGCUGAAGUCUGAAUGCAGCAGUGAAUAGUAUGACCAUAACCAAUGUGAUGUCAAAUAGUUGUUUCUCAUCACAAGUUACUAUUGAUGCAUUCACUGUACCAGCAUCAUGUUCUCUAGAACAUAACAUCUGAAACACUGUCAUGAUGACUAGAUCUCUCUACUAUUGUGAAAUGAGUUGAAUUACUAAUGAUAAAGGAAUAGUUAAAGCUUUGCUGUAUUGUGGAUAUUCAAUAAAGAACAUUCUAAAGAACAA